CAGGACCCAGAGGCAGACGUCCAGGGACUCAGAGGUGCAAAGGUGGCAGCAGCAACCCCGCCACUGCCAUUCUGCCGCAACGAUGCUGCUCGCAACAUUUAAGCUGUGUGCUGGGAGCUCCUACAGACACAUGCGCAACAUGAGGGGACUGAGGCACCAAGCUGUGCUGGCCAUUGGCCAGGAGCUGAACCGGAGGGCCCUAGGGGGCCCGACCCCUGGGUCAUGGAUUACCCAGGUCCGGCGGCGGAGCUCUCUGCUUGGGUCUCGGCUGGAGGAGACUCUCUACAGUGACCAGGAGCUGGCCUACCUGCAGCAGGGGGAGGAGGCCAUGCAGACGGCCCUGGGCAUCCUCAGCACCCAGGAGGGCUGGAAGAAGGAGACCCAGCAGACGAAUGGGGACACAGUGCUGAGUAAAGUGGUUCCAGAUGUGGGCAAGGUGUUCCGGCUGGAGGUGGUGUUGGACCAGCCCAUGGAGAGGCUCUAUGAAGAGCUUGUGGAACGCAUGGAGGAAAUGGGCGAGUGGAAUCCCAAUGUCAAGGAGAUCAAGGUCCUGCAGAAGAUUGGAAAAGAUACAGUCAUCACCCACGAGCUGGCUGCAGAAUCAGCUGGAAACCUGGUGGGGCCCCGAGACUUUGUGAGCGUGCGCUGUGCCAGGCGCCGAGGCUCCACCUGCGUGCUGGCUGGCAUGGCCACACACUUUGGGAAGAUGCCUGAGCAGAAAGGUGUCAUCAGGGCUGAGCACGGUCCUACUUGCAUGGUGCUCCGUCCCCUGGCGGGAAGCCCCUCGAAGACCAGACUCACGUGGCUGCUCAGCAUCGACCUCAAGGGGUGGCUGCCAAAGACUAUCAUCAACCAGGUCCUAUCACAGACCCAGGUGGAUUUUGCCAACCAUCUACGCAAGCGCCUGGAGUCCAGUCCUGCCCCUGAAGCCCAGUCCUGCCCCUGAAGCCAGGUGUUAAAGACCAGCCUGCUAUUUCCAGCUGUCCCCAGCUGUACUGGUUUGCUGCUUAUUAGGGCAACUCCUGUGGAAGCCUACACAUCUGUUUGAGAUCUCCAUCCGGUGACGGUGGAUGGAGCAUGAUACGAGGACUGAUUCAGUUUUAGUAUGUAGCACCAAGAGAGUAGGGAUGAGGCUCUUAGAUAAGUGGUUCUCAACCUUCCUAAUGCCGCAACCCUUUA